GCUGUCAGCAAGCUGUAUGCAGGGAUUUUCUGGCUGAAUUACAUGGAAGGCAGAUAACCGUUGCAGGAAAAAUAAUCAUGGACUUUUAGCAUUAAAUGAUUAUUAAAGACAACGGUGGUUUCCCGCUGAAACAAGUUUGCAUUUCAAGCCUGCUGUCUGUGCAAACAACGGCUUGUUUCUCCCUCGGACGACUAGACCUCGGGUCGCUACUGUAGCUGGGGCCACAUCAGCACCGCUGAGACUAGCCAGCCACGUUAGCAUCCAUAGGUUGAGUCAUGGCAGACAGUAUCAUGAGCAAGGCUGCCACCAUGGAGAUCCCCAUUAACAGCAAUGGCGACACAGGGACUCUGCCAGAGGAUGACAGCCUGGAGCAGGAUUUGCAGCAGGUGAUGGUGUCUGGACCCAACCUGAAUGAAACCAGCAUUGUCUCAGGAGGUUAUGGAGGACCUGCAGGGGGCAUCAUUCCUACCAGCAGCAUCAAAGGGCCUGCAGUUCGCUUCAACCCUGAGUAUCUGGACAGAAGACGAGCCCCAGCACCAGGACCAGACAUUCGCAUGAAAUCCAGGGGUGUUGGCUUACCUAAAAGCCAAUCUGCAGCUAGUCGACUUGCCCAGCACACAGACCAGCAUCCAGGGUCCUCAAACAAUAACGGUGGUAAUUCCACUGAAGAAGUUUCUCGGGGUGUGGCAGUGGAGAAAUUGGACAGUGUAAAGAAAUGGGGCAUAAACACAUACAAGUGUACAAAGCAGAUGUUCUCAGAGCGGUUUGGCAGAGGUUCAAGAACAGUAGACCUGGAACUGGAGGCUCAGAUAGACGUGUUAAAGGAGACCAAGAACAAGUAUGAAAACAUCCUCCGACUGGCCACUGCACUCACCAGUCAUUUUCAAAGCAUGGUGCAGACGCAACAGGCUCUAGGAGACACCUUCGCCGACCUCAGCCAGAAGUCCCCAGAGCUGCAGGACGAGUUUGGGUAUAAUGCAGAAACACAAAAGCUGUUGUGUAGGAAUGGCGAGGCUCUUCUUAGUGCCGUCAACUUCUUCGUGUCCAGCGUCGACACCCUGGUCAACAAAACAAUGGAGGAUACUCUGACGACCAUUAAGCUGUAUGAAAACACAAGACUUGAGUUUGAUGCCUAUCGCUCUGAUCUGGAGGAGCUGAGUUUGGGCCCCAGGGAUUCAGCUACCAUGGUCCGCAUUGACAUGGCGCAACAUGAUUACCAGAUCUACAGAGACAAAUACGAAAGGCUGCGUAGUGAUGUCACCAUCAAGCUCAAAUUCCUGGAGGAAAACAAGGUGAAGGUUAUGCACAAGCAGCUGCUUCUCUUCCAUAAUGCUAUCUCAGCUUACUUUGCUGGCAACCAGGAGCAGUUGGAACAAACUCUAAUACAGUUCAAUGUAAAGUUAAAGCCCCCGGGAUCAGACAAGCCAUCCUGGCUGGAGGAGCAGUAAAGAGCGCCCGGGGGUUCAGCAGUCUUGACAUGUACAGUGACACGCUGGUCCGUGAAGAUCCUGACAUUGUGGUUAGAUGGACAAGAAUGAAAUAAAGGAGUACAUAGUAGGAUCAAUUACGGUCAGUGGUGAAGAAAAACAUGAGAUAUUUCUGUCUGUUUUUCACUAUCCUGUAUUACAUAGAUGGUACAACAAGAGAUUGUUCUUUUUGGUUUCUUUUGUUACUUAUUCUUUAGGUGAAUAUCACUUCCUUUUUAUGUACAGUAUAAUCUACUAUUGGUGAGCGAUCCCACGGCAGUUUUGCACAUGCAUUAUUAUGUUUUGUUUUUAAAUGUUGUCUAAAGCGUUAUCUUAUAUUUCAGAGUAUAUCACAUUAGAGGAAUUCCACAAAUCAGAUUAGCAAGUUAGAGGGAUAAUGUCAAAAAUCUUAUAACUAAACCCUCGAAAUUGUAUUUAUUUUUCUUGAGUGUGCGUGACUGAACCACCUUUUUCAAAUUUAGUUUUACAGAUUUAGAUCAAAGACAUCAGGGUUUAGCAUGAUUUUCAAAGUUAUCCCACUUGCUUCUAAUAUUGCUUUGUGGUAUACCUGCUUUAAUGGUCAGUUUACAUGCAUAGAAGGGAAAAUAUACAUAUAGUCAAUUUCUCUAACCGAAUAUACAAUCCAUCAUUAGUUUGUUCUUCUAGAUUUAUUUUUUUGUCCUGAUGAAGUGUCUGUCAUGUGUUAAACAGAUGUUACACUCAGUAACUCAGCAUCAAGCAGUUAAUAUAUUGGAUGCUUUGAUUAUAAAUACAAACAUCUGGACUAUCGUAAAGAAAUCAAAAUUCAACACACUGUUUGAUUUAUGUUUUAUUUGGAGGUGCCUGUGUGUAUCUAUAAAAAAUAACCUCCGAGACUCAUUCUUGAAGUCUCAUAUUCUUAAACAUGAAUUUAGGAUACAAUUCCAAUUUCAGUGUCUUCGAGGACGGAAUGUACACGCACAUUUUUCAUAUUUUAUUUUUAUCAAUCUGUUUGUGACAUAGCAAUUUAUGUUAUGUACAGUUCUUUUCCAUUCUAGUCAGCUGAUUAUUUUUGUCUUUUUCUGCAUUUCCAAUAAAAUCUGCUGGAUGUUUUGUUUUCACCCAACUGUGCCGUCGACACAGAUCUGUCAGUGAGAAGCUCACAAUAUAUGUUAUAUGUAUCCACCAUUAAUUAUGUACAUGAUAAUACAAUCUGAUAUAUCUCUAA